GGUUUGGUCAUUUUCUAAUGACCGGCUGCGUACAUAGACGCGUAAUUACCGAAGAUUUAAAUCGGAAGGCAUCGAGCGCUAUUGGCGAUUUUUUUAUUGUUGUAGCAAAUAUUUGGGUUGGUUUUGUUGCCUUCAAGGCCUUGUUCUUUGCUUCGAAGCAGACAGCCAGUUUGCUUCGACCAAAGUGCCUUCGCAAGCCGCAGCUUGUCCAGCGGAGCACCCCUACAGGCCCUCUCGGCCAGCGGAGCACCCUCUCCGGCCCUCACGGCCAGCGGAGCACCCUGCACCGGCCCUCUCGGCCAGCGGAGCACCUCUCCGGCCCUCACGGCCAGCGGAGCACCCCUGCACCGGCUCUCUCGGCCAGCGGAGCACCUCUCCGGCCCUCACGGCCAGCGGAGCACCCCUGCACCGGCCCUCUCGGCCAGCGGAGCACCUCUCCGGCCCUCACGGCCAGCGGAGCACCCCUGCACCGGCCCUCUCGGCCAGCGGAGCGCCUCUACAGGCCACUGCCUGGCCAGCGAAGCGCCUUUAGGUGCCAACUUUAACUCUCUGCCAUCAUCAUCAAAUUGUUUUGUGAAAUCAUUCUCUAAUCGUCGAUUAAAAGUGUUGUGAAAACCAAACAAUGAUUUAAACUAAAUCACUCUUGCAAUUUGAAACAAACAAAAUCUAAUUUAUCUGUUAAAAUAAAACGAUCGAAAAGUGUAGCGCAUUCGACCGAAACAAAUUAAAGUUUUACACAUUCAAGUCAAAAUUUAAAUAAAAAAAUAGAAAACGGAAGUGCAGUUUUGUUAAAACACAGACGAGUUAAGAAAUGUAAAAGUUGCACUACAAAACAAAAAAAAUUAAAAAUCACUUAUGUCUGAAUACUAAUUGAAACAAUUGCGAAGCGCCAACACAUAUAAAAAAUAAAAAAAUUAUUAAAUGCAAUCGCAGUUAUAAUAGAUUAAAACAGAGUUAAAAGUGCAAUUAAGAUAAAAAGAAUGAAAUUGUAAAAGGAAAUUAUUAAAACAAGAGUGCUGUAAAAUUGUAAAGAUUAGAAAUGAAAAGCAAGUCGAAAAUUAAAAACAGUAUGAAAGUCAUGUCAAGAAAGAACAUGAAUUAUAAGUAAAAUUCUUGUCUAAAUUAAUUAAUAAUUUGUUGUACUAAAAAUUGAUAGUGUAUAAUUCAAA